AUGCACUAUCACCACAAUAUUUUUUAUGCCAUAUUCUUAUCACUAGCUACUGCCAACAGUGUUCACUGGCAAUGGCGAGAUCUAAUAUGUGCCACAAAAGACGGAGUCGGUUUAGACAAGAUCAGUAAAGAACCCGCGUCCUGUAGUUUAGCCUUGCGUGAAACGGGGGUCGACAACGAUCCAAAUGAUAAGUGGAGACCUGCACCAGGAAACAACUCUGUUUGCUUUGAUGAGAUAGUAAACAGAACUGUACGUACUUAUUGUAACCUGCUGUGUCCAAAUGCUGAUACCGUGUACCUAAUUAAACGAACGCCGCAAACGCAUCGGUCAUGCUUUGCGUUCGUAACUUAUCAUCAUGAGAAACGUGGCACUGACUGGUACAUAUGGCGAACUGAGAACUGCCGUUUGUCCACAAUAACAUUCACGAUUCGAUGUGAGUUUCAUUUUGAUCGCAAAGAAUUCCCAAGUGAUGAGGAAAUAUUCAAGAAGCUACGAAAGGCAUAA